AUGACAAUUUUGUGCCUAAAGCAUUUCCCAGCAAAGCUAAAGGAUCCAUGUAGGUUCUUUAUAUCUUGUACUAUUGGUGGAAUGGAGAUAUCACAUGCCUUGUGUGAUUUGGGUUCGAUUAUAAAUGUGAUACCACUGGAUAAAGUUAAAGAGUGUAACUUAGGAGAGAUAAUACCAAACAAUAUUACUAUUUCUUUAGCUGAUUCAUUCGUUACUCACCUGGUUCGUGUUAUACAAGAUCUGUUAGUGCAUGUCGACGAUUUAAUAUUUCUAGGAGAUUUUAUGGUGAUUGACAUGAAAAAUGAUUCAGAAGGGUCAGUGAUUCUCGGGCGCCCAUUAUUGGCAACCGAGAAGGCAAAAAUAGAUGUGGAAACAAGUGAGUUGAUCUUGAAGUUUAAUAAGGAGAAUGUGGUGUUUCAUGCAUAUCAAUGGACAUCAUAUGUGGAGGAUCUUGAGACAUGUUAUCAAUUGAAAGAGAAAGGUAGCGAAGUUCACAAGAGAAUGAAAAGAGAAAUUUUCACCGUCGUAAGGGUAUCCCUUGCACCUGCCGUGUUUUGA